ACUUUGCUUGCUCAGUCAACAGAAAACAUUCGCGAUCGACGGACGGACGGUUCUUCGCUGUUCGGUUUCGCAGUUUGUGGCGUCUAUCCGUGGCUCUUUUUUGGUGUUCUUCGACAUUUUUUUUUUCUCUAGUUUUCUUUUGUGGUUGGUUGGUGACCUCUCGAGAAGACGGCAGCGCACUUCUUGGAGUUGAAAUUGAUUUUGCUUUUGCGUGGUUCGGAAAAUUAUCGUGUGCAGUGCUUGGAUAAAAUAAAUUCACUAUUUUCGGUCGCGGCGUGAGAAAACCUUCGAGUGGUGCAAAUUGAUGAAUGAAAAAAUCGUGCAGUAAAGCGAGUAAAGCAGCAGGUUCGGUGAAGACGGAAAACGAAGAGAAUGGAAACAUGCGAAAAUCGAUUGCUUCGAUCGCUUGAUUUCACAUCAGAGGGGGAACUUGCAUGAAAGUAAAUAAAAACAAUUUUCAUUGUGCAUUUCGGUAGGCAAAAGUGACAGUUUGCUGCAUUCAGGGAAGAGUCGAAUUUCGCGUGAUAAAAACUUGGUAUUUUCCUUUUCCGGAAGCUUUCUUUUUUGGCCUGUGCGCUCGAGUUUUUCUACUUUAAACAUUGUGAAUUAAAUUACCUAUUUCUGUGUUCUAUUACUAGUGAUAUCAAAUUGUGAAAACCACAUCAAAUUUAUUCACUGCCUUCGGGUACACAUUUCCAAAACCAAAGCGUAAAUUGAAUGGUGGUGCUCCUAAAUACAAUGGCGAAGUGAAUUAAUCGGAAGCAGAAUAUAGAUAACUACGCCUGGGUGUGAAUUUGUGAAUGGAUUCUGGAAUCGGCGUCCGUCAUCAUUUUGGAGAUUGGGAUUUAGAUACAAGUCGUGUUGGAUAUCAUUAAUAACUCCGGAUUAGCAUAAAAAUUGGAACGCAAAACAACACCAACCAGAGGCCAGAGGCGGCAGCGAGUUGAGACCGAGAGAAAUCCAUCAGAUUUGUGUGCCGCAUGUGAAGGGGGAUAUCCAAAAGUGUGAUCGGUAUUAGGGGUUAUUGUUCUUAUCCGGGAAAUACCGUCGGAUGAAUAAAUUUCUUUUUCUCGGGAAGCAAGCAUAGCGAGAGAACGGCCGAUACGAAGGGCGAACCUUCCUCAGAGGUGGCAAGAUGUCAGACGACGAUAAGGAAUCCUCGGUUCGGGUUGCCGUCAGAAUCCGCCCUCAAAUACCACGUGAGCUGAUAGAUAUGUGCCGGGUGUGCACCCAAGUCACACCCGGUGAACCCCAGGUCUAUCUGGGGUCCGAUAAGGCCUUCACCUUCGAUUAUGUGUUCGACGUAAACUCAACACAGGUUUCCGUAUAUGCCAGCUGUGUCGAGAAAUUGGUAGAAGGCGCACUGAAAGGUUACAAUGCAACGGUGCUGGCCUACGGACAGACUGGUUCGGGCAAAACCUACACAAUGGGAACCGGCUUCGAGCGGGACAUUCCGGAACUGCAAGAGGGCAUAAUCCCACGUGCGGUUCGGCAUCUCUUCGAGGGCAUUGCACAGCUGCAGGAAAGCCCAUACGAUGAGGACGGGGUCUACCUGGGAUCGUUGCAGUUCAGCGUGGCGGCACAGUUCAUGGAGCUGUACAACGAGGAAAUCAUCGACCUGCUCGAUCCCUACAGUAAGGGCCGCCUUUUCAAAAUACACGAAGACGCCAGCGGGGGCAUUUCGGUAGCCGGUGCAACCAUACAGCCCCUCACCGGUCCACAGGAUGCGUUACGUUGUCUGCAGCAAGGUGCACUGGCUCGCACAACCGCUUCCACCCAGAUGAACGAACAAUCGUCCCGCAGUCAUGCUCUCUUCACAAUCCUCAUCCGUCGGCAGCGGGUAAUGAGUGCCGAGGAAAGUGGCAACCCGGAGGGGGACCUGGAAACGCUCACAUCAAAGUUCCACUUUGUGGACCUGGCCGGUUCGGAGCGGCUCAAACGAACCGGCGCAACCGGAGAAAGAGCCCGCGAAGGAAUCUCAAUCAACUGUGGCCUGCUGGCACUGGGCAACGUAAUAUCGGCUCUGGGCGACAAAGCCAAAAAAGUUUCACACGUUCCCUAUCGGGACUCGAAGCUGACUCGACUGCUGCAGGAUUCGUUGGGUGGAAACAGUCAGACCAUCAUGAUUGCCUGCGUAUCACCGAGUGAUCGUGACUUUAUGGAGACGCUCAACACGCUCAAGUACGCCAACCGGGCGCGCAACAUCAAAAACAAAGUACAAAUCAACCAGGACCAGAGUUCGCGUACGAUCUCACAGCUGAGGCGUGAAAUCGCUGCCUUGCAGCUGGAGCUGGUCGAGUACAAGCAGGGCAAACGCAGCGUCGACGCCGAAGGCAAUGCUGCCAUUUCAGACACCUUUCUGGAAAACGCAAUGCUCAUGCAAGACAACAAGCGUUUGCAGCAGCGCUUGAAAGCCAUGCAGGAAACUAUCAACACCCUGACGGAGAAAAAUGCCACCCUGCAGGCACAGCAAGCGCUUUUCGGGUGGUCUUCGGGCAGUACCGGUGGAGGAAGUGUCGAACAGGGUGAGGAUGGAGUGGGCGGUGAAAGCGCUAUGCAGCAGUUAGUUGCCGGCUACAUCAGCGAGAUUGAGAAACUCAAAGCAAAGCUGAUCGAAUCCGAACAGAUGUUCCAACAGUUGAAGAAAGCGCAAAUCAGUUCGUCCAAACUGGGGCUGAAGAGUACCUACUCGUUCAUCGAAGACUCGACGGAAACGGUUAUCAAUAUGGCGAAACGAGAGCUCGAGAAAGAACGGGAACUGCUGAUGUCCCGGUCGCUCCCCGGAUUAGAAAACGACAGCAGCAAUCAAAGCCUGGAGGAUGGAUCGGAAAGUGAUUCGGAUACGGAAUCCGACGAUAAAACUGGAGAGUUGCAAGCGGAGAUUAAUGAUAUUAGUUCAGAUAUUGAAAUCAAAUCCAAACUGAUUGAACAGUUGGAACUGUCACAGCAGCGUAUGCAGGUCAUGCGACAGCAAUAUGAAGACAAGCUGAAUGUGUUAAAUGCUAAGAUUGUCAAUACGCAGAAAGAGCGUGAUCAGGUGCUAGCCAAUAUGAGUGGAUCAGGAAUCGUGGUAGGAAGUGCACAAACUGACCGUAUCAGGAAGGUAAAGGAAGAGUAUGAGCGAAAGUUAUCGGAUAUGCAGAAGGAACUGAAAAAGUUGCAAAUGGCACAAAGAGAGCACAUGAGACAGCAACGGGAACUGCAAGCACAAGAUGCGCAGUUGAAAACGCUGCGUGGGGAACUGAGCGAGCUGAAGCAAAUCAAGAUUCGAUUGAUGAAGAAGAUACACGAAGAGAACAAUCGGCACAAAGAGUUAGAGAGUAGGAAGACCCGCGAAAUUGCACAACUCAGAAAGGAGAGCAGAAAGCAAGUGAACAUGAUUAAAUCACUUCAAGCUCAGGGAGCGGCGAAGGAUCAAGUUUUGAAGAGAAAAACGGAAGAAGUUUCCAAUUUGAGGAAGACACAGCGUGGAAUGAUGAGCAUGAAAGCGGCUGGGCGAUUCCCAGUGAAGAAGUCAGUUGCCGCUCAGAAUACAAAGAAUCUCAAGGCUAAAUGGGACUCUCUACAAAGAACUAUAACUCGAGCAGCAAGAAGUAGGCAGGCAGUGCUGGAGUUGGAACGAGAACUGGAACGGUUAUUACUGGAACGGGACGGUUUGAGUCGAGAUUUGGCGAAUAUUCGGACCAGACAGCGACAUGCAGACACAGCAGAACUUAUUUCCGAGGAGGACACCAUAAUGGCGAACAUGAAUUAUAUUCAGGAGAACAUCACUCAGAUCCAGCAUUCCAUAAUGGAACUGGAAGAGGGCAAAGAAUCUGCUGCCGAACAGCUACAGUUGCAGAAUAUUCUGGAGAACAUCCGUUCGGUGGAAGAGGCUAAGUUUAUUCUGGAGAAGUUGUGCGGGACAUCUGUUGCACAAGUGUGCGAGGCUGCUCUAACGCAAACUCGGUUGAAGGAAAGGGAAGCUUUGCUAAAUGAAGUUCAACAGGACAGCAGUAUUCAACAGCAACUGUUGCAGCAUAUUCUUGCAAGGACACCUGCAGCAACACUGUCCGACACUAGCUUCAGUUCGGGCCAGUCGCAUCAUUCGAACAUGGUGAACACAAUGCUGCAAGCAGCUGCGUUAUCCAACGGAAUCUCAUCUGUCUAUGAUGAUCGAGCGGAAACCACAGAAAAUCAACCCUACGUAAUCAAUUCCAUUACCAGGAGUCCAUCGCCUAGUAGCAGUGCGGAAUUCGAUAACGAUAACAUUGUCACCUACAGAAACUCCUCCAAGCUAAGACGAAGGCCCACUGUUACUGCUGGUCAGGAUUCGCUGUCGUACGGUGGCGGACCGGAUCUGUCCGGUUCUCCUACUGCCACCGGCAGCAAGCUUGAGAAAGUGGGUAUUUGUAUUUAUCUUGAGGAUUCGGCAGAUGACGAUGACACGAUGAAACAUUCUCCGCAGGAUGAGAAUGGCGGAUACGUUGGUGGGAUGUCGGGUGGAAUGACCCGAUCCUACACCGCAGCCUCGUCCAGUGAUGCCCCAUCGCAUCUUCCGGUGGUGCAGAGCAAUAGCACCGCUGCAGCUCCAGUUCGUACCUUUGUACCGCUAUCACGGGUACCCAGUGCACCCGGAUCGUUAAAAGGCCUUCAACCAGUGCCAAACAUAUCGCGCCAAAACAGCACCGCAUCGCCGCUGUUGGCUCGUAAAUCGUUCGAACCGAGUACCGUUGCGCCCCCUUCGCCCCGAAUCUCCAGAAGACCGUUCCCCAGCAAGGCAUCACCGGGAAUUGAGGAUGCUAACGAUGUUCCCACCUCGCCACCGGUGUACCGGCGGGGAACUUCACGGGAAGACACCGGAGGAGAUGUGUUUUCGCGACUUGGUGCAGGCACCCAGGAUCCUUCGCCCGGGGGCAACAUCAAGGAGUACAUGGGAAAGUUGAAGGCUGGUUCUCCACUAAUCUGUACUCACAUUGUCGAAGGCCACAGCAAUUCCGUUCUCUCCAUCAAGGUGUCCAAUCAGACACUCUUCACUGCGGCGGCUGAUCGUACCGUCAAAGUGUGGGAUCUACGUAGCGGCUCGACGCCGCACUGCCUCACUGGCCACUUGGGACCAGUCGCCGCAGUAGAGUGCGAUCCAACCAACAAUCUGCUGUUCUCCGCAUCGGGAGCGUUCAUGAAAGUUUGGGACCUCAGGGAUAGCAACAUUCGGCCAAUUAUAACCUUAUGUUCCUCAGGAUCGGUUCUUCCGGCAAAUGCGUCACUCUCGGACCUGAUUCCCGGCGAGUGUUCAAUCACAGCGCUCAAGCUUGGUGCGUCCGGGAAGCUGUAUACCGCCGCGUCGGAUAAAGUUCGCAUAUGGGAUCUGCGGACAUUUUCGUGCCUCGGGAGACUCUCCGGUGGACAUCAGGCGGCUGUUAUGUGUCUUACCGCUUGGGAGGGUCCCAACAAUACUGACCUCGUGGCAACCGGUUCCAAAGACCACUACGUCAAGGUGUUCGAGGUCAAUGCCAGCGGUGGCAACGUUCCCCCGCUGCUUAACCUGGAACCCCCGCAUUACGACGGAGUACAGGCACUGGCGGUGGCAAAAGAUGCCACCGGAGUCGACGCCGAGCUGUUUUCCGGGAGUAGAGACUCCGGCAUUAAAAGGUGGGACCUGCGCACCGGAGAGCUCAAACAGUCGCUCAACAACGCCCACAAAGGCUGGGUCUCCGGAAUGGCCAUCUAUGGCGACAUUCUGCUGUCUAGCUGUCGUGGUGGCGUUAUUCGCCUAUGGAAUGUUAAAAAUUGUGAUAGUCUAGCGGAGAUGAAGACCGACCAGUCAAUUAACGACAUCGUCACCAGCGACAACCGAGUCUUCACGGCUUCGAAUGACGGUAAGGUCCGCGUUUGGCGCGUAUCAUCCACCAUCCGGCGGUUGAGCGCCGAGAACAGAUGACGCCAGAGUACGGAAGCGAUGUUGGAUCGAAUGUACUACAACUACAGCAUGCGUAACAUUCACUCCGCAUCGACUUCCGUCUCCGGUGUCAACCCAUCCGCCGGAGGAGAACCCAUGACCCAGCAGGACAGGAGAAGACUCAUGUCCACGUCGGCAACAACAGGAUCAGCUUCGUCGUCGGUAUCGCCAACGCACCAAGGUGCAGGUCCUGGGAGAACGUCCAACCUGUCUUCCCACUCGUUCAACUCACCAAACUCGUCUACGUCCAUACGCAAUAGUAGACUCUACAGGAGUCUGAAUCACAACUAUCUAGGUAUACUAAGCAGGGUUAACAGCAGGCGGUAGUAGAAACCAGCUUAAGGUUUUAGAUGCCCUUUGCAUAGCAAAAAGACUCGAAUUUCGCAGAAGCGGAACCACCGUCAAACAGUCAUUUAUAUUACUAACAGAGUGUCGUGUCUGUUUGUCCGUGAACACACGUUCGCCAAUUAGAUAGACUUAUUAGCUGCGUAGGAGACUGAAAAGACAUUGACAUGUAGUGUACUAAUGCAGAGUUUUAGUAAAACAGGGUUUCAAUCGACUUCCAUCGGGCGUUUGCAACAAUAACUAAGUUUAUAGCAAUCAAUACAUAGCUUUAAUCGUCGGUCGAUUGUCUUCUGCUCUCCUUUGCAAUAGAAGAAGCAGCAGCAGGCCUACAAGGAGACAAUACUUGCCUUCAAUCCCACAAUCCGUGGAGAAUCACACAUGAACAAUAUAAGCCUCACCAUUGACAAGAAAUAGUCGUACAGUAGAAGCUAAUCAAACAGGAAUAAUACUUCCCUGACCCUACUUUUUCAGUUCCCAGUUAUAACAGUUUCAGUAUUUUACCACUUGUUUUCCAUUCCCCCCGUAAUAUCGUCUUACCUAAUUUUACUCCGCACAUGAGUAAAUCUUAUUAAACGAAUAACAGGCCCAAAAUCGAUUGGUUGUGAUGUAGAUGUAAGAGAGAUUGUGUAAAAGUAUAUAUAUUUUUUAAAUCAUCAUUUAUUCAUCAUCAGUUCUUAUGCAAAUCACUAGCUAUUAAAAAAUAUUAUGAUUUUAGUUGUUAAUCAGUAUUUUAAAUUAGCUUACACCCAUUUUUGGUUUGGCUGAAAGCUACUGCCGAUUGUACUUAUUACUGUAUGUUCAGUUUGAUAGGCUUAAGGUAACACAACUAUGCCGAAAAAAACCGACACUUUUUCCGGCGAAAGUAUUCUACUUAAUCUCAAUGUAUUGAUUUGAUGUUCAUAUUUCUAAAAUUGUGCGGUAAAAUAUAGUUUGUUUUGAUUUUGCAUCUUUAGUAUUUUCGUAACCUCCUUAGGCAUAUCUGUAAGAGAAGAACAAGAGUUUGAAUUAAUCACAAAAUACAAACGAAUAAAUCUGAUGUUAUAACAGGUUUUAUGCGUAAUCAUGAAAUUAACUACUUACGAGGAUGAACAAAAAAAAAAGAACAACAAAAUAUAGCGUGUUUUAAAACAAGAAAAGCUAACCUUUAGACAUUAGCCAGUUGAGGUAAUGAACAAACAGUAUGCCGCAAAUAAAUGGCUUGCUCAAUACUUAACGUGA